AUGGAUGAUCAUGAACUUCAGGUCGGUGAUGAAAUUCCACUCACACUUAGCCAAGCUAUCCAGAAUUCCAAAAUCGGGGUCAUCAUUUUCUCGAAAAAUUAUGCUUCAUCUACAUGGUGUCUGAAUGAACUGGUGGAAAUUCUUGAAUGCAAGAAAAGAAAUAAGCUGAGUGUCAUCAUUCCAAUCUUUUAUGAGAUAGAUCCAUCGGAUGUACGACAACAGAAGAGGAGUUAUGGAGUUGCAUUUGCUGAACUUGAAGAACGUUUUAAACACAGAGUGGAGAAGGUGCUUCAAUGGAGGGUUGCAUUGACAGAUGCGUCUAAUAUAACUGGAUUGAAUUCGACGAAAUCCAGAAAAGAGGUAGAUGCAGAUUUUUAA